GCGGCGGAGAAGGCCGUGUCCCGCACUAUCGUGCCGUCCGCUUGGGUGCUGGCAAGGGCUGCGGAGUGUUUGGCAAUCUUUGCGAGCCUGCCUGCCUCAUGGACACCAGAGGCCCGGGAUGGGGUGACCCUUACAACGCCCACAAGUGAUGACGUCCUACUUGGUAGGAUAGGGGGUGCUAGCAUGCCGAUGCGAGUGGGGCGUGUUGCCGCUGCCAGGGGGACCGUGGGGGACGAGCGCCACGCCAUCGCUCUCAUCCCCAAUCUGGCCCGCCCGCCAACUUGGAAGGUUGCCCAUUGCCACGCAUAACUUGUUAAUUUAAAGCUCGGCCAACACAGACUCUGUAGCGACUUGCAUAAAGGCUGAACGCAGGCUGAACGCGGCUUGCUCUUGGGCUCCCAACAACUCGUAGAUUCGGCUGCAUUCUGAAUAUGUAAUAAAAUUGAUAUGUGCUGCGAUAUACACCACUACCAACUGCGCGCUGGGUUUGAGGUAGUGGCUGCCACCAAGGCGCACGAUGCGCUUCAGCGUGGCGCUCUUGGUUGCCUUGGCCUUGGCCCACGCUUGGACUAGUGCAGCCCAGGGUUUGCGGCGCCCGGAUGCGGACUUGCCUGCGACAUCUGAGUUGGACAAUGGCGGCACCAGCGCCCAGCAGCUAGGUUCCGCGCUGCGGCCCCUGUCGGACACGUUCGUGGCGACGCGCAAUGGCCAACUGACCGACGGCCAGGAGUUCGCGAGCCCACCGCCGGGCGAGUUCGUAGGGGACGAGUGGGCCCGCUACCACAAUCAUGACGAGAUGGUUAGACUUCUGCAAGACGUCGUGAACAAUAGCAACGGCGCGUGCACUCUGGACGAGUUGGACCCGCCCAGUGUGGAGGGGCGCGUGCUGUAUGCGGUGGUGGCUUCGCCGCGCAACCCUGCUGGAGGUGCGGUGUUGCCGCGGCCGUCAUUCACGUGGAUUGGCAACAUGCACGGCGACGAGACCGCCAACCGAGAGCUGCUGCUGCGGCUGGCGGCGGGACUGUGCAAUGGCGAGCUGGCUGACAGUGACGCGCGGUGGAAGGCGCUCCAGGGCUCCACCACCGUGCGCAUCAUCCCCACCAUGAAUCCGGACGGGUAUGAGCGGCGCACACGUUGGAACGCCAACAAGGUCGACCUCAAUCGCAACUUCUGGAGCGUUGAGUAUCCGUACGCCAAGCCCACGUUAGAUCAGGCCCGCAAGCGUGACCGCUACGGUGCUACCAUGUACCCGGCCGCGGACAUGUGGUCCAAGGUGGGCAACUUCACUCUCCAACCCGAGGCGGUGGCUGUGAGCCGCUACCUGGCCGCGGCGCCGCCCGACCUGUCCGCCAACCUGCACGGCGGCGCACUGGUCGCCAACUACCCCCUGGACGCCUGCGACUCGGUGGGCGCGCUGACCAACUGCCCCACGGCGGAGGAGCCGCUGCCCCGCCAGCUGGCCGCCGCCUACGCCGUCCACAACCCCAACAUGAGCGCACAGGGCACAGCGCCCUUCAGGGCCGGCACCGUGCAGGGCGCAGCCUGGUACCCCGUGCUGGGCUCCAUGCAGGACUGGGUGUACCACCAUCUGGACCGCCUGAUGCUCACGCUGGAGCUUCACGAGGUCAAGGACCCGCCCGCCACCGCACUGGACGACCUGUGGGGCCAGAACAGCGCCGCCUUCCUCCGCAUCAUGGAGCUAGCAGGCAUGGGGCUGCGAGGCCGUGUGCUGGACCAGCAGACGCGCGCGCCGCUGGCCGCCACAAUCACAGUCACCUCGCCCGCGAGCAGCCGCCCCGCCGACGCCGACGCGGCGCGCGGCGGCUACUUCUACAAGCCCAUGGCACCCGGCGUGUCGUACGACAUAACCGUACAGCCGUAUCGUCCGAACGGCGGCGCGAUCAAGUAUCUGCCCAUCCAGCUGAAAGGGCUGCGGCUGGGGGUUGCGGCGGACCGUGUGACGGCCGAGGGGUCGGCGGUGACGGGUGCUGCGCUGCGGAUUGAGCGGACGCUGCUGGCCACGCGCGCGCCGGCAGCGAACAAGAAGAAGAAGAUGCUGCGGGCGACCAUGUAGCCGCGUCGCGGGCUUGGGCUGGGCGACAGGUGCGGGAGGAUGCCGGGGAGGAUGCCGGGGAGGAUACGGGGGUGUGUGCGCCCAGCUUUGUUGUAUUCAUGGCGCUUUGCUUUAGAGGGAAGCCCCUCCUAAUAUGACAAACCAUACUGCAUGGAACCAUAUUAUACAUGUUGAUACAAGAUGGUCUUGCCCGACAGCACGGGCUAUGGACGGAAUGUUAGGGAGCAGUGUCGUGGAAAGCAGGAUACCGUAUUCUUUGCGUUUAUGUUGCAGGUCGACAAAGUAAGGGCAUGCUGCAUGUCAGUGUCGCAUAGUGUGACAUGCAUGGUGCCUGUGUUUUGGGCAAGGUGACAUACAGCUGUAGCAUGCUGGUCAGCUGGUUUGCAGCCUAGCCGGCCCCCAGAAACUGGGGUAGGGGCUUACGCACGGACCGAAUAAAGGUACUACGAUGUAUUACAGUCUUUCGUGCGCGUGUUGCGUGUUAUGCGCGCUGCGAUAAGCGCAGAGAUGACUCGGGUACGUGUGUGGGGUGUGGGAUCCGCUGCAGAAGCGGAGUAUCAAGGCUUAUUAGACAGGCCACGGCAGUCGCUGUCACACACGCGGCAUGCUAUGCAUACAGCAGGUGAGGGCUAGGCCCAGGGACAAGUGCUUUUGCCGCUUGAUGAUGGAGCUCCGCGCUAAAGAGUACCGGAGUGGUCGAAGGGACAGAGCAGAAAUUGCUAGCAGUUGCCCAGGACCUGUUGAGAGCCACCUUUCUUGUCUUUUAUUGACGUGCUAAUGUGGACAGGGGGCAGCAUGACACUGCCUCCAAUACGCCGCCCGUGCGCUGGCUUGUGAGCUUGCGCCAGCAGGCUCCUUGAGUCCUAAAGGCGCUAGGUGUUGCGCAUUCUUUCUUUACCAGUACGCGUUACAUGUUUACAACGUGGGUAUCCAUUUCGCCCUUCUAGCAUGGAUGUUUUGUUUGUGCGUGUCAGCGGCAAGCAGACAUGCAUGGGAUGCUGUCCCUGUGGAUCAGUGGCAGCGGCGGUGUGGUGGUGCGCCUGAGCAAGUACGGCUGUUCGGUUCCCGGGGCAUCAAGUAUGGCAGGGCGUGCCGCAUAUUUCACGUCGCAAACUUAUUGCGGUUGUUGCGGAGAUAUGCGUGGCAAAAGGGUCACGCCUCCACACGAUUCAUUGUAAGGGUCACGCCUCCACACGAUUCAUUGUAACUCCUCUGCAAG